AUGGAUAGGAUAAGUCAGUUACCUGAUGAUCUUCUCUUGAAAAUAUUGUCGAACCUUCCUUUUACUAAUAAUGUCAUGGCCACAAUGGUUUUGUCAAAGCGGUGGCAAUUUCUUUGGAUGUUGGUGCCAAAGCUCGUCUACGAUGAUGGAUAUAAUGACCUUAAGCGUGAAAGAUUUAUCCGGUUUGUAGACAGGUCUUUGUUGCUGCACGAGGCCCCAGUUCUAGAAACUUUGCAUUUUAAACUUGGUAAAACAUGUGAUGUUCAAGAUUUUCGAGUGUGGAUUAGAGAUGCACAUAAACUUUGCCCGCGUGAGCUGAUCAUCGAGAUUGAUAAUCAUUCUGAAAAUGAUACUCCUGUCACACUCUUUAGGAGCUUAUAUAAAUGCUUCAGAAUGCUCGUGACAUUGAAACUAAGUUAUGCGGUUCUAGUGAAUGAUCUUUCUUCCGACAUCUCUUUCCCAUUUCUCAAAAGGUUGAGUCUUAAGGCAAUGGGGUAUCCAGAUGAUGAUUUUGUAGUCAAGCUUUUAUCCAGUUGUCCUGUUCUUGAAGACUUGGAUGUGACGCUAUGUACAUUUGACAAUGUGGUCAUUUUAAGCGUUAGAGUGCCUUCCCUAAAGACUUUAGUCGUGAGUAUAUUAGACGAAGGAAAAUUAUUAGAUGUUUAUGGGUUUGUGAUAGAUACUCCUAACUUGGAGUGCUUGAAGAUUGAUGAUUACAGUAGUAGAGGGUUUUGUGUCGUCGAGAACAAUAUGCCUAAGAUUUUAAAUGCAGUUGUCUGCUGUUAUGAUCCACAGAUUUUGAUCUUGAAAUCUAUAAUUUCAGCUAAGCGCCUUAAUCUUUGCUUACCAACCUCAAAGAAUGCUUAUCCUGUUGGUAGUGUCUUCCACCGUCUUGUACAUCUAACGCUAUGCACAUGUGAGACUGAAUGGUUGAAUCUACUUAUGUGUCUUCUUAGAGAUUCACCUAAGUUACGAGCUCUCAAACUUAUACAGGACCAUGACCUUCGGAAUAACCAACAACGCCCGAGCUGGAGUGAACCGACUACAGUUCCUGAAUGUUUGUUAACCAGUCUUGAAACUCUUGAAUGGGUAAAAUAUGAAGGAACAGAAGAAGAGAAACAAGUAGUGGGAUUCAUCUUAAGGAACGGAAACUUUCUAAAGAAAGUAACUAUAGACCCUAACUGCACCGAUGAUGCCGACGGCAGCAAGAAACUUGAGAUGAUGAAUGAGUUGUUGCUUUUGCCCAGUUGUUCGUCUGUUUGUCGAUUUGCUUUUGAUUGA